ACUGAAAUGGAUUCUCCUUCUUAACUUUGAAGAUAAAACGGCAUCCACAAUUUCAAACCAAAGUUUCAGAAAGAGAAAGAGAAUAGGAGUUAGAGAGAGGAAAUGGCAUCAGUUUCUUCUUCAAUGGCAGGGUCAGGGAGCAUGAGUUACAGAGAGUUAAUGCCGUCAUUACUACAAUCAACAAAUAAUUUUAUGAUUUAUAAUAAAUCUGGAGUAAUUUUUACCAGAAAAGUUAGUACGAAGAUGAGAUUUGUGGUUAGGAACGUCGCCGAUAAUGAAUCAGGAACGACUGCGACAGCAACUGAUGAAAACGAAGAGAAAUGGGAAGGAGAAGGAGAAGAUAGUCCGAUGGAAAUGCCGAAAGGAUCUCCUUCGAUUAUUUCUACUCUUAACGUUCAGAAGGCUCUUCGUGGCAUUGCAAUUACAGAUGUAGACCACUAUGCUAGACUUGGACUUCGAAGAGGUUGCAGCUACGACCAGGUUAGAGCUGCAUAUGGUAAAAAGUUGGAAGAAUUAUCAAGUGAAGGUUUAGAAGAGGAAAAUUUUAACACAGAGCUUGAGCUAUUAAAGGAAUCCUACAAUAUAUUGUCUUCUGAAGAAGAAAGACGAUUAUAUGAUUGGAGUCUAGCAAGGAACGAGGCACCAGAAAGAUUUACAUGGCCUUUUGAAACUGACAUUACUCAAAAACCUAAUUUCGGCACACCACCUCCUCAGGAACCUGAAAACGUUGGACCAACAAUUGCAGUUGGAUACUUCACAUUAGGCUGGUUGGUAUUAGCUUUCACGUUGUCCAUUAUCCUUAAUCGGUAAAGAAACCAUUGUAUUGUCCCAUGUUUUAUAUAUGUACAUAAUCCGUCAAUGAAUAAUCAGCAUUUUUUGAGUUAUGGAGCCAAAUGUCUUGUCAGAAAAUUAAGCCCCAUUUGGCAAUGAGAACAGAUUUUUAUGUUAUGUUAUUUCUGAAAAGUGCAAGGAUGUUAUCAUCUUCAGCCC